UUAUCUGUGGACACUGAAUUCAAAUGUGGAAAAGCUUUCUUUGGAGCUUCAACAUGUGCAGGAGGAGCUUAGUAUUGUCAAAAGAGAACGAGAUGAUCUAUCAGCCAAAAUCGAACAGUCGGUCCCCGAAACUCACCUCUCAGACGAGCUCCAGAAUCUUAAAAAUCAACUUGACGACGUGUUAACAGAAAGGAAUAGACUAAAGACACAAAUCGAAGAGCUGCAAAGCCGUCUGGUUGGAGUGGAAAACGAUAGAAAAGACUCCAGCGAUGCGUUAAUGGAGGCUAAAGUUCAGGUUGAGGAACUGAGUAGCAGAUUAUCCUUUCUGGAAGUCAAAAUGCACAAUGAUCAUGUCAACAAUGGCAAAGACAUAGCAAAACUCAGAAUGAGGCUCCGAGGAACGCAAGCACAGUUAGAUGGCUUCCGAUAUCGAUACAGAAAGGCCAUCAAUGAGUCGGACAUCAUGAAUCGGAACUUCGAGGAAGCUUCGGCGAACUUGAAGGAACGAUUAUCAUCAAAGGCAAUCGAGGUGCUCAAUCUGAAGAAGCAGCUUGCGGCUGUAGGGGCUAGACAAUGA